CCAUCCUGCUGUCUGUCUGUCCAUCCCUCUGUUUGUGCAGCAGCUGGGGUGAAGAUGCUGCGCUUGGUCAGCCGUGCUGCACGCUGCUGGGGGGCAAGGCGGGCAGCGCAGGGGCCAGAGCGGGCACCCCAGGGAGCCCAACACCCCAUGGCUGUGCAGAGGGCAUGCCUCUCCAGUGCUGCUGGAACAGGCACCUGGCCCAAGGACGUGGGCAUCCUGGCACUGGAGGUAUACUUCCCCGCCCAGUACGUGGAGCAGGAGGAGCUGGAGCGGUAUGAUGGCGUGGAGGCCGGCAAGUACACGCGUGGCUUGGGCCAGCAGCAGAUGGGCUUCUGUGCGGCUCAUGAGGACAUCAACUCCCUCUGCCUGACGGUGGUGCAGCGGCUGGUGGAGCGCGGGCGCCUCUCCUGGGAUGCCAUCGGCCGACUGGAGGUGGGCACCGAGACAGUCAUUGACAAGUCCAAGGCCGUCAAGACCGUCCUCAUGCAGCUCUUCCACGACUCGGGCAACACUGAUGUGGAAGGCAUCGACACCACCAACGCCUGCUAUGGGGGCACAGCCUCGCUUUUCAAUGCAGCUGACUGGGUGGAGUCCAGUGCCUGGGACGGUCGCUAUGCCGUGGUGGUGUGUGGGGACAUCGCUGUCUAUGCCACAGGGAACGCACGGCCUACGGGAGGUGCCGGUGCCAUUGCCAUGCUGGUGGGACCCAACGCCCCACUGGUGCUGGAGAGAGGCCUGCGGGGAACCCACAUGGAGCAUGCCUAUGACUUCUACAAGCCAGAUCUGGCCUCUGAAUACCCAGUGGUGGAUGGGCAGCUCUCCAUCCAGUGCUACCUGCGGGCGCUGGACCGCUGCUAUGCUGUGUACCGCCGGAAGGCAGAGAGACAGUGGCAGCAGGCUGGCAUCCAGAGGCCCUUCACCCUUGACGACUUCAAGUUCAUCAUCUUCCACACGCCCUUCUGCAAGCUGGUGCAGAAGUCAGUGGGGCGGCUGCUGCUGAACGACUUCCUGGCCACCCCCAACCCUGAUAUGGCCACUGGCCCCUACAAGGGGCUGCAGCCCUUCCGUGGCGUGAAGCUGGAGGAUACCUACACCAGCAAGGAGGUGGAGAAGGCGUUCCAGGCGGCCAGCCAGGAGAUCUUCGACCAGAAGACCAAGCCGUCCCUGCUCCUCGCCUCCCGGAACGGCAACAUGUACACGCCUUCCAUGUAUGGUUGCCUGGCCUCCCUCCUGGCACACCCUCAUGGCAGAUCCUCGGCGCGGGACCUGGCUGGCUCCCGGAUUGGUGCCUUCUCCUACGGCUCAGGGCUGGCUGCCAGCAUGUUCUCCCUUCGUGUCUCACAGGAUGCAGCCCCAGGUUCACCCCUGGAUAAGCUAGUCUCCAGCCUGGCCGACCUGCCAGCUCGCCUGGAUGCCCGCAAGCGUGUGGCCCCACAGGACUUUGCUGAGAUCAUGAAGAGGCGGGAGGAGACGCAUCACUUGGCCGACCACACUCCCCACGGCUCCCAGGCAGAUCUCUUCCCUGGCACCUGGUACCUGACACGGGUGGAUGCCAAGUAUCGCCGGGAAUAUGCCAGGAAGCCCAUCUAGCGGUGACCAAAGCGGUGAGCUGCAGGGAGGGGGACGCUCUCCUCCCCACCGGCAUCCCUGCUCACCCCAGAUCCAGUGCUGGCCUCUGUGGGAAACCUCACCCUGGACGGCCAGGAAGUGGCGGCAGUGCCUUGGGCUCCAGAGCUGGUGGAGACAGAGGUGUUUUCUGCAAAAGCCCGGGCACCACAGGGGAAUAAACAUGCAAAUGAGAGGGGGCAGCA